CUUAAACAAAUAAAACGUAGUGUACAUCAUUGUAGUGUUGGGAAAGUUGCCUUUGGGUUUUUAUUUUGAUAACUGUAACCGGAAGUACGAUUAAUGUGGUUUGUGUUGCUUGACAGUGGUACAAAAUUGAGCAGGAUGUAGCGGUACAUGAACCGGACUCGCCUCACAUCAAUACAACCAUCAGAAGUCCUUCUCUCUUUUUUUAACCGACGCGGUGAGUUUCGUUUGGGGGAUGGGUGUGGUGAGGAUUGUCAGCAGAGACGACUAACCUUUGAAAAAUGUCCAACAUCCUCGAUGCGGCGUCCAAAGUGAGAUGGGACCGCACGGCUGCGGCGAAGCGAGCCGUUUUUCUGGCGGCGGCUGCUUAUGGAGUCAAAACACUGUACCCCAUCAUCUGUAAGCAGCUAAGCAAAAACAAAGAUCCUAGGAAUAACGGCCGGCUUUCAAAGGUGGAAAACGGCUCUACUUGUUCGGCUAAAACACAAGUGGACGCCGCCGACCAUAAGAAGGCAUCACCGGGGGUAAAUGCAGAAUUUUUCAAGCAGAUCCUCGAACUUGGUAAAAUCCUUUUCCCCAGGCUUGUGUCCAAAGAGCUCGGUUUGCUUUCCUUGCACUCGGUGGCGCUGAUAUCUAGGACGUUUCUGUCUAUUUAUGUGGCCAGCUUGGACGGCAAGAUUGUCAAAACGAUCGUGGAGAAGAAACCCAAGCGCUUCAUUAUUCAGUUGAUCAAAUGGCUCCUCAUUGCCAUCCCGGCCACGUUCGUCAACAGCGCCAUCCGGUAUCUGGAGUGCAAACUGGCUUUGGCCUUCCGCACCCGGCUGGUGAACCAUGCUUACCGGACAUACUUCACCGAUCAGACCUACUAUAAAGUCAGCAACAUGGACGGGAGGCUCGCUAACCCGGACCAGUCCCUCACCGAGGACGUAAUGAUGUUUUCCCAGUCGGUGGCACAUCUCUAUUCUAACCUCACUAAGCCCAUCCUGGACGUGAUGCUGACCUCCUACACGCUGAUACAGACCGCCAGGUCCCGGGGAGCCAACGCCUCCGGGCCGACCCUGCUGGCCGGCCUGGUGGUCUUUGCCACGGCUAAGGUCCUGCGUGCCUGCUCGCCUAAAUUUGGCAAGCUGGUGGCCGAGGAGGCUCAUAGGAAAGGCUACCUGCGAUAUGUGCACUCCAGGAUCAUUGCAAACGCUGAGGAAAUAGCUUUCUACAGGGGACACAAGGUGGAGAUGCGUCAGCUGCAGAAAUGCUACCGGGCCCUGGAGCACCAGAUGAACCUGAUCCUGUCCAAGCGUCUCUGGUACAUUAUGAUCGAGCAGUUUCUCAUGAAAUACGUGUGGAGCAGCAGCGGUCUGGUCAUGGUGGCCGUGCCCAUCAUCACGGCUACUGGCUUCGCUGACAACGAAACAGCAGACGGGCAGACACAGGUGAUGGUGAGUGAGAGGACAGAGGCUUUCACCACCGCCCGUAACCUCUUGGCCUCAGGUGCUGAUGCCAUCGAGAGGAUCAUGUCCUCCUACAAAGAGGUUACCGAGCUGGCAGGUUACACUGCACGGGUCCACAACAUGUUUGUGGUGUUUGAGGAUGUCCAGAAGGGUGUUUACAAGCGCUCCUCUCUAUCAGCUUCAACAGGAUCAGAGAAGAAGAGUAAGCCAGAGAUGCACAUCGAUGGACCGCUUGAGAUAAAGGGUGAAGUGAUAGAUGUGGACAAUGGCAUUGUGUGUGAGAACGUCCCAAUUAUCACGCCGAAUGGGGACGUAGUCGUGUCUUGUCUGAACUUUAAGGUAGAGGAGAACAUGCACCUGUUGAUCACGGGGCCUAACGGCUGUGGGAAAAGCUCUCUGUUCAGGAUCCUCAGCGGCUUGUGGCCUGUCUGCGGCGGACGGCUACACAAACCCUCUCCUCAGCACAUGUUCUACAUCCCUCAGAGGCCAUAUAUGUCCAUGGGAUCACUGCGGGACCAGGUGAUCUACCCAGACUCUGUGGAGGACAUGGCUGCCAGAGGCCUCAGUGACAAGGACUUGGAAGCCAUCUUGGCCAUAGUCAACCUCAACCACAUUGUCACCAGAGAGGGAGGCUGGGACGCCGAGCUGGACUGGAAGGACGUGCUGUCAGGAGGCGAGAAGCAGAGGAUGGGCAUGGCUCGCAUGUUCUACCACAAGCCUAAAUAUGCUCUGUUGGAUGAGUGUACCAGCGCUGUGAGCAUUGACGUGGAGGGAAAGAUUUUCCAGGCUGCUAAGGAUGCUGGCAUCUCACUGCUGUCCAUCACGCACAGACCUUCCCUGUGGAAGUACCACACCCACUUGCUGCAGUUCGACGGGGAGGGAGGCUGGCGCUUCGAGCAGCUGGACACAGCGACGCGCCUCUCCCUCACCGAGGAGAAGCAGCGGCUGGAGGCCCAGCUGGCAGGCAUUCCCGAGAUGCAGCAUCGCCUCAACGAGCUCUGCAAGAUCCUGGGAGACGACUCUGUCCUCAAAACAGCAGGGGAGUGAGGGGGGGGGGAGGGAGGGAGGCAUGGGAGAGAGGGCUGGAGGGAAAAAGAAGAAAAGAAGUGGGGGCGGCGGGGCAAGCGUGUGAGAUGAAGAGCCAAUGAAAGGGGUUGUGCUUGUUGAGAAGCGGGAGAGAUCUUAAUGCCAGCUACUCUUCGGUCUCUCCUUUGUCCCUUUUCUUUCACUCUCUGCUUUGCCCUCCAACCAGAGGAGUGCAGGGAGUGAGCGAAGUGGAUCCACUAGUAUUAUUCCAACUUCUUGUUACGCGCAUUCACUGCAUAGAUUUUCAAUCUUUGAUUUUAGCAUACAUCACUUUCAAGAUCAGUUUGCCGCAGUUCAAAGUGGUGAACGUGAUAAGUCCGGAUUUAACCGACGUGAUUUAUUUGUUUGUUUUGUAGCACUUUACUCUGCUUUUAGGGGGCUGUUUCUGUUUGUUGUGGUAGCUCUCAGUGAAACUAGCUGAUAGCUGCAUCUUAGCUGGAAAACUUUUCGGGUAGAACCACUAAAAUGAUGUCCAAAGCAGUAUUCCACGCCCGGUGUACUGGGUUGUGCAGGAUUCACUUUUGUCAUAAUAUAGCAGCCGAUUUUUGUUUUUUGCUGAGCUAAUGUGACUUCUCGAUUUUAAGGGGUCAAAAACUAUUUUUCAAAGCUGUCACAAUUUGCCUUUGUUUGUCGCGGUACAAUCCCUCUUCUUAUACCUCGUCAUAGCCCUUGUUAGGUUGUUACAGACCCAUGAACUGCUCAUAUGGGCUCAGUUGCAGACUUACAAGUGGAGAGCAAAGAAAAUGAGCCGGUCUGGGGUCUAUUAUUAGAGUGAUUAGUGACGCAGAUCUAAGAAAACUCUAAGAGUGUGGUUUAUUGAACAAAUCCAAUGAGCUGAAGUGGCCCUGUUCAAAGAAAGAGGAUCAAGAGGAAGCUGACCCUGGUUGUCUGGUGUGUCCAUGAGCACUCACACAACCACAGGUAGCCACUCAGACUGUGUAACUGUCAGGUACACACACACAUACACACACAGGGCAGCUGUUGAAGCUCUCCCCUGUGUUGACACAAAACACACUCGUGUGUCUGCUGUGUGUCACAUGCCUGCUGGGACGGAUCAUUUUCUGUGGGUCCUUUUGAGCCUGUUAUUCAUAAAUACAUGAUGCUGGUUUAGUCAGAUGAUGGCAUUAAGAAAUCCUUUGCUAAAAGUCUUUGUUUCUCACCUUUCUGAAGUGAAAGAUGUUUAUCUUUUAAUAUCAUGAAGUGUGUUUACAUGCACAUAAAUAUUUCAGCUUAUAGUCAACAUGUUAUUCUAAUAUGAGGCCUUAUCAGUUUUGUUCGUGGAUAGCAGAUGUUGGAGCUGGAAACAAUUUCGUUUUUGGCUCAAGGACACUUGUUGGUUGCCUCUUGACUGAUGGCUGGCUGUCCUCUUGGCUGUAUACAGGAAUGAUAUUAUAGUUAAAUUGUUUUUGCUCAUUUAGCCUCCAUGUUUGUUACCAACAACUUAACCGGAAGUUGUGAUACUGUGAAAUGAGUGAUUUGUUACAUUAACAUUAUUUUGUUCUUAGGAAAAAAGUUGUAGAUGCUUUGUUUUCCUGCGGUGGUUCUUAGCUUUGGUCAGGGCUCCUUUUACAGUGUGUUCUUGUUGUGGUUCAGACCUGUGUAUGUGUGUGUGUGUGUGUGUGUGUGUGUGUCUGAGUGAGUCAAAGGAAAAGAAAAUUAAGCAGAUUUUUGCCUCCUCCCAGAUUGUACAGGAGAGGGUAUCGUGGGUGGGGAAGCAAUUGAUGUUUGCGUCAUUAGUUUAUAAUCUGUCAGAUUCCACCAUCGGCACAAAUAGUUAUAUUUUUGCAGUUUCAUACAUUCAAUUGGGCCUAAAGCCCUCAGAGCAAUACAAAUUAUGACUCAAUCUGAAAAGCAAAAAUGCAGCCAGAAACAUUUCCUUUUUUUUUAUUAUUAUUAUUGUGACAUGUGAAACAGAACUUUUCUUGGUUCACCUUGAAUUUCAUGUUUCCUCUGUAAAAAUGAAUCCACAAAAUAUAACAGAACCAACUGAAAGCGUGGAAGCACAGCAAUAUGGUGAAAUCUGCCACCACAAACAGGAGAAUCACUGGAUUAAGAUAUGUUAUUCUCAACACUGUACAGCCUACAGGACUUGAUCCACUUCACUUUGAGGCUUGAAUGACUGGUACAGUGUAACGUCAGGUCGUCUCACUCGUACCACUGGUUUUUAUUGUGCCUCUGCUUGUUGACACGCCACCAUGUUUGUGUUGCAGGGGAUAGACAAUCAGUCACAUCAGCAGCAGAAUACAAACACUGCUGCAUUUCAAAACUUCAUACACAUUGGGUUGUUGCUCUCUGCAGAGAAAUAAGUGAGCACUGAUUGCACGUAUAUAACUGCAUCUGCAUCGUGAAGUUUGUUAUGGAACUUGUAAUGUUAAUUGUUGAGUAUGCUUGUCCGCGACUCCCUCAGGCCUUUUGUUAGACCGAGCUGGGCCUGCAUCCAGGAGGAACAAUGCAACAUCUUUGCCCCACUGAGAUUUUAAAGCUUUACAGCCUCCCCUUUUGGCUGUCAGUGUACAAGCAAAGGAGCAUUUGGAUGCAGCCCUGCUCUGCUCAGGAUGAUGGCUGCUAGGUUACACAAGAACAAAGUUAAUUUAUUUUCCCCCAAAAAAUGUGACCGAAGAAGAAAAAUAACUAAUUCACUGAAACAUCUGAAACAUCAGUGCAAUUUUCCUUUAAUAUCUAAAGGAACAAUAAUUGAAAUGGUCUGUGAUGGCCUUAUAAUGUAAUCUGGACUGCACACAAAAAAAUUCAGCUUUCAUCCGGUAUGCAAGUGAGCAUCAAAGGCAUUACUGUAGGGCUUAAAAAUGGCAUGCCGAGUCUUUUCAACUGCAUUCUGUGCUGGAGUAUCAGACCUAAAGUAAGAUGUGUUUCUGUGCCAUCAGUCAGGGUCUGUUGACAGGAGGCCAGGAAGCCGCUGAAUGACACAGAGUCUGCCAAGUGACACCAGAACAUGAGGUCAGCUCGAGAGCAGACGGUGCCUGAAAUUCAUGAGGCAUGGCCCCAGCUUCUAUAGUUAAAGACUCCCAAGUACUGUUAUUUCAUCUUGAAAGGGUGGGAUAAUAAAAUGAUGAGGUGCCAUUUUACUAGCAGUGAGCUUAUUUGUCUUCUAAGCACACUGAGUUUAAAAUCUACCUACUGGUAAGAGUUAGUUCUCCUGUGAGCAAGAGCCCUGAGCACAGCUGGGUUUGUAGGUGCUGGUUACAGUGGGGGAUUAGUAUCUAUUUAUUACAUAUUUAGGGACUAUUGUGUGAAAAGUCCUCAGUCUGCCUUUAUUCUUAUUUAUCUUUGUAAUUAAAAUGGCUGUAACGAAUAUCCUUAUGUUAACAGUGGAUCACAUACAUGUAGCUAUGUGAAUGGGCUGCCGUUGUAACGCCGAAUUCUGUGACUGACGAAUCCCGUGACUCUUGUCUGCGCUGUCUACUGGACAGCGUGAUCUCACUCACGCAGUUGAGUUCGUUACGCAAACAGCGUAAACUUACGCAAACAUUAUAAAUGCUUACCCUAACUCUGACCGUAACUUGCGAAAAAAUGUGUGACUGCGGUUCCCAGUAGCAACAGCGCCGACUAGAGUCGCAGAAUUCGACGGUCACAGCAUUCGGUGUUACACCUAUAGUGACGAACACACAGACAUCCAGCUUAUUGUUUUGGUUUUCCGGCCCCAAACUUUACCGCUUUGACAUUCUCCUGUUUUCGACCUGACGGACAGCUAAUUAAAAUGAUGAAAAAUGAAAAAAUAAUGCUCAUGAAGCCGGCUAUAUGUAUAUAUUCUAUCUGCCCAGCACAAAAAUUAAAGGAGCACCUUAGCUACUAAUUACUGAAGAAAUUGAACAUUUAGCUAGCGGCUAAUAAGCCUGACUUUCCCACCGGGAAUUGAUAGAAAAUGUAAAUAUUGGACUUAACGAACUCUAAAUGAAAGUCCUCUUAUAGGUGACAAGUUUGCUCUAUGAACAGAAAAUGGUGUGUUUAUGGUUAGUUUAAUUUUUAACUUGUUUCUGCUGCCCCCAUGUUGCCAAAAUCAAUUAUUGCAUGUUUAACACUUUUUUUCUGUCAGUCUAUUUUUGACAGAAUUUCAGGGAUGUUUAAGGGGAAAAUACCCUCUACAUUUCCGUUUGUUCAAAUAUGCACCUCAUCAUUUCUUAUCCUUUUAGUCGACCAAUUAAGAUGGCUUAAUUCUUAGUAAAAUUAGGCCUUUAGCAGCCUACUACGCUGCAUGACCCUGGUAUAUACCAUAAUGACAUCCUUACUAACAAAACUUUGAUACUCAAAAGUUUUGCAUUCUGUCAUCCCUUUUGUAAGUAAGAGAUUGAAUGUAUCCAUGCUGUAUGAUGAGGAAGCAUCUGAAGAUUAUGAAGACAAUGAAUACAUGCGGUCAGGUCAUAAAAGUUUCCUUUUUGAUGAAUAAUUAUUUCAUGAUUGUGUUAAUAGUGCAUGUAACAUUGUUUUACUAGAACCACAUUGUGGUGUUUAAAUUUGGAUUAUACAUGUUUGCAAACUGGAAUAAUGGGAAGGAAAAUUGUUUGACAUUUUUAGCUUGAGUUAGUUUAUUCAAGAGGUGUAGGACAGUCAAAUCAAUAUUUAUGACAGGCUCAUCAGUGACAGAAUGGUAUGAGAAGGAUGGGUGGAUGACCAUGAGUACAACAGUUCUCGGACUUCUAAUUUACUGAGGGUGUUUUUUGAGUUUUUGAGGUAUUAAUUAGACUGUCCUGAACCUCAGAAACGACAUACAGUGAUUCUCCCUGAGUUCCAGGGAUAAAUACACUUUGUAGUUACUACAUCAGUACUUUAUAGAGAGCUCUGUUUGUAGUCACAAUUCCAUACAUAUAGCUGUUUUUGUUUUAUUUUUUAAAUUCCUGGAACUGUAGCCCAGACUUAAGUUAUGGGGAUCUCAUUGUGCAUGUAUAGGAAUCUGUAUUCUUUAACCUUAGAGACAAGAGAGGUACAUCUGCAUAAAAGUCAUCUGUUCAAAAAUCAUGUGCUAAGGUCACUUUAUGUUGAAAGAUGAAGAUGUAUUUUCUUGUAAAUAAAAAAUACAGUUCAACCUUGAAAAA